AGCCCAGCAGCAGAGUCGAGCUGGGCUGGCACAUACUCACGACCCCCCUUCCCUAUGAUGGCCAGUCAGUAGCAGGUCCCAGACACUCCAGGGGCAUGUAGGCAGAGCUAGUUGCAGCCAGGUGUGCAGAGCCACAAGCGCUCUAGGGCAUUAGAAGCAGCUCUGUCUGCUGUGCACUCUGAAACCUGGGGAAAUGCCCAACUGACGGGCGAACCUGUGAGGACAAGACCGCUACCCUUUGGCCCUAGUCCGCUGCAUCCAUGGCGCUGCCCUCUAGUCUGGUUUCCCUGUGUUGCUUGGCACUUCUGGCACUGCCUGCGCAGAGUUGCGGACCUGGCCGGGGCCCAGUGGGCAGGCGCCGAUACGUGCGCAAGCAGCUAGUGCCGCUUCUCUACAAGCAGUUUGUGCCUAGUAUGCCUGAGCGGACCCUGGGUGCCAGUGGGCCAGCCGAAGGAAGGGUGGCAAGGGGAUCAGAGCGCUUCCGGGACCUUGUGCCUAACUACAACCCGGACAUCAUCUUCAAAGACGAAGAGAACAGUGGCGCUGAUCGCCUGAUGACGGAGCGUUGUAAGGAACGGGUGAACGCGCUGGCCAUUGCUGUGAUGAACAUGUGGCCAGGAGUGCGCCUGCGGGUGACUGAGGGCUGGGAUGAAGACGGCCACCACGCACAGGACUCACUGCACUACGAAGGCCGUGCCUUGGACAUCACUACGUCCGACCGAGACCGCAAUAAGUACGGGUUGUUGGCGCGCCUGGCAGUGGAAGCCGGCUUCGACUGGGUCUACUAUGAGUCGCGAAACCACGUCCACGUGUCGGUCAAAGCCGAUAACUCACUGGCCGUCCGGGCAGGCGGCUGUUUUCCGGGAAAUGCCACUGUGCGCCUCCGGAGCGGCGAGCGGAAGGGGUUGCGGGAGCUGCAUCGCGGUGACUGGGUACUGGCCGCAGAUGCGGCAGGUCGGGUAGUGCCCACGCCAGUGUUGCUGUUCCUGGACCGAGACUUGCAGCGCCGGGCCUCCUUCGUGGCUGUGGAGACUGAGCGACCCCCACGCAAGCUGUUGCUCACGCCCUGGCAUCUAGUGUUUGCUGCUCGAGGGCCGGCACCUGCGCCAGGUGACUUUGCACCGGUGUUUGCACGCCGGCUGCGGGCGGGGGACUCGGUGCUGGCGCCUGGUGGGGAUGCACUUCAGCCCGCGCGCGUGGCCCGGGUAGCGCGGGAGGAAGCUGUGGGCGUGUUCGCGCCACUCACGGCGCACGGGACGCUGCUGGUCAACGACGUCCUGGCUUCGUGCUACGCAGUCCUGGAGAGUCACCAGUGGGCACACCGCGCCUUUGCACCUUUGCGCCUGCUCCACGCACUGGGGGCGCUUCUCCCUGGCGGAGCUGUACAGCCGACUGGCAUGCAUUGGUACUCUCGGCUUCUCUAUCGCUUGGCUGAGGAACUGCUAGGCUGA